AUGCUGUCCACCCUGGUCUCGCGCGGUAUCGCUGCAUCUGUGCCGCUGUCGAGCCUGAAGGGCAGAGCCUUCUCCUCUACCGCUCGUGUGUGGGUCGACAAGAACACGAAGGUCAUUUGUCAGGGCCUCACUGGGAAGCAAGGAACCUUCCAUACUGCGCAAGCAAUAGAGUACGGGACCAAAAUGGUUGGCGGUGUAAAUCCUAAGAAGGCUGGGACCACCCAUAAUGUGGGAGACAAGAAUCUCCCGAUCUUCGCGAACGUUAUGGAGGCACGUCAAGCUACAGGGGCUGAUGCUUCCGUCGUCUACGUCCCGCCAUUCGCCGCCGCCUCAGCUUGCUUGGAAGCCAUAGAGGCGGAAAUUCCUCUCCUGGUGUGCAUCACAGAGGGCAUUCCUCAGCACGACAUGGUAAAGGUGAAGGCCGCUUUGAAAAUGGCAGGGGGUAAAACUCGUCUUAUUGGCCCGAACUGCCCGGGUAUAAUCAAGCCCGGUGAAUGCAAGAUUGGGAUCAUGCCUGGUUACAUUCACAAAAAGGGAAAGAUCGGAGUCGUCUCAAGGUCAGGAACAUUGACCUACGAAGCCGUGAAUCAAACAACCGAAGUCGGCUUGGGCCAGAGCACUGUCGUUGGCAUUGGCGGUGAUCCUUUCAAUGGUACCAACUUUAUCGAUUGUUUGGAGAGGUUCGUACAGGAUCCUCAGACCGAAGGCAUAAUUCUCAUUGGUGAGAUCGGAGGGGCAGCCGAAGAGGAAGCCGCUGAAUGGCUCAAGGAGAACAAUAAAGACAAUAAGCCGGUCGUUUCGUUCAUUGCAGGAGUUACAGCGCCUCCUGGCAGAAGGAUGGGUCAUGCCGGUGCUAUCAUCUCCGGAGGUAAAGGCACAGCUGCCACCAAGAUCGCUGCUCUGGAAGCUUGUGGAGCGAAUGUGGUUCGCUCACCAGCUGACCUGGGUAUCAAGAUGCUGGAGAUGUACAAGCAGCGCUACCCUGAUCGAUCUAUAUGA